CUUCCAAAGUCAGCGUAGUCACCCCAAGUCAAAAAAAAAAAAGCCUCAGAGACAAAGGAAAGGGGCCGAAACCUUGAGAACCAUAAAAUGACGAAUGAGAAAACUCCUCCCCGCUGAAGAAAUUCAGGUGUAUAAAAGGCACACGAUAGAACAGUGAAGACCUAAAACAUCACUGCCAACCCUGAGUCUUGUGGAUUUUUUAGCUCGGAAGAAAAAAUGAGCACCAAGCCUGAUGUGACUCGAAAGUGUUUGCAGCCUGCGUACCUUGUGGGUCUGUUCAUCACUGGCAUCCUCUCUCUGGACUGUAACGUGCUGAAUAUUCACCUGAGUAGAGUCACCUGGCAAAAUAUGAGACUUCUAAGCGGUAUGAGCAAUUCAUUUCCUAUAGAGUGUUUAAGAGAAAACAAAGCUUUUGAGUUGCCCCAUGAGAUCCUAUCACACAUCCAGCCUGUGAAAAGGGACAUCAAGAAGGCCUUCUAUGAAAUAUCCAUACAGGCCUUCAACAUCUUCAGUCAAUACACCUUCAAAUCCACUUGGGAAGAGAAACACCUAAAACAAAUCCAAAUUGGACUUGACAAGCAAUUGCAGUACCUGGAACAAUGCUUGGAGGAAGAGGAGAAGGAAGAUGAAGACAUGAAAGAGACAGAAGAGGAUGGGACGAAACACUCAGGAACUACGGUCCCCCGGCUGAGCCACCUAGAACUGAGGAGAUAUUUCAACAGGAUAUACAAUUUCCUGAAAGAGAAGAAAUACAGUCACUGUGCCUGGGAGAUUGUCCGAGUAGAAAUCAGAAGAUGUUUCUACCUCUUUCUGAAAUCCAUAGUACUACUCAGGAGGAAAUAA